AUGUCUAAGGUUGACUCUGAGAAAGACCUUUCCGGCAAUUCUGCCGACACUCAUAUGUUCAAAAUAAAUGAGAACUUUAAUGAGGACUUUAACGAUAACAGCUCCACCCAGGAGUCUGGCAGCAAUCGCUCCGGUGAAAAAUCCGAUGAAAAGAAGCUCAAUCACACCAAGAGAUCUUUGGAACAGAGACACAUUAACCUUAUUGCCAUUGGUGGUUCCAUUGGUACCGGUUUAUUUAUUACCAUUGGUUCCUCUGGUUUGAUUGAGGCUGGUCCCUUGGGUCUUCUUUUAGCCUACUGUUUCUGGACUUUUGUCAUUUUGUGUUUGACCGUUUCCGUUGGUGAAAUGGUUUGUUACUUGCCUAUCGACUCUCCAUUUUUGCAAAUGGCUGGUCGUGUGGUUGACCCUGCUUACGAGUGUGCUGCCUCUGUUAACUUUUGGUUGAUGCAGAGUUUGUACAUUCCUUUCGAAAUCACCGCCGUUAACGGUAUGAUUCAUUUUUGGAGAGACGAUUACAGUCCUGCCAUUACUCUUGUUAUCCAGAUUAUCAUUUACUGCGCCAUUAACGUUUUCGCCGUUAAGCUUUAUGGUGAAGCCGAGUUUUGGUUAUCUUUGGGUAAAUUGAUUUUGUGUGUGGGUCUCUUGUUCUUCACUCUUAUCACUAUGUGUGGUGGUAACCCUCAAAAUGAUGCUUUUGGUUUCAGAAACUGGCACGCUGAAGGUGGCCCAAUCAAUGAGUACAUGCGCACAGGUUCUCUUGGUCGUUUCCAGGGUUUCUUGCAAGGUUUGUUCUCUGCUAACUUCGUCGUUGUCUCUUCCGAGUACCUCAGUAUGACCGCAGGUGAAGCUAAGAACCCAAGAAAGAACAUGGCCUCUGCUUUCAAGACCGUCUUGUACCGUUUGGUUAUUUUCUUCAUUGGUGGUGCUCUUUCCGUCACCAUUUUGCUUGCUUACAACGAUCCAACCUACUUGGGAAUUGUAAAAGGUGAGAAUGGUGAGGAUGCUAACGCUGCUUCCUCUCCUUACGUUGUUGCUAUGCAAAACUUGCAAAUUGAGGUUCUUCCUCACAUUGUCAACGGUGUUGUUUUGUCUUCCGCCUUCUCUGCCGGUAACUCUUACACCUAUUGUUCCUCAAGAGCCCUUUACGGUCUUGCCGAGAAGGGUUACGUUCCAAAGUUCUUCAAAUACUGUACAAGGAAUGGUGUCCCAAUUUUCUGUGUUGCCGUGUCUGCUUGUUUCUCCCUCUUGUCUUUGAUGCAGUUGGGUGAAGAUGGUGAGAAGGCCUUGAACUACAUGGUGAGUUUGUGUACUGGUGCUCAAUUGCUUAACUAUGCUUUCAUGAGUGUCACCUACUUGCAUUUCUACAGAGCUGUUAAAGUUCAAGGUAUUGACAGAAACAACUUCACCUACAGAUCGUGGUACCAGCCAUACACUGCUAUGUUUGCUUGCUUCUUCUUGUGGAUCGUUGUUGGUAUCAAGGGUUACGAAGCAUUUGUUCCUGGCCACUGGUCUGUUGACCACUUCUUGUUCAGUUACGUCAUGAUUUUUGUCUCCUUGGCUGUAUUCAUUCUUUACAAGGUCAUCAAGAGACCUAAGUACAUCAGACCAGAAGAUGCUGAUCUUCAAACCGGUCUUGAGGCUAUUGAAGAGCAUGAGUAUGAAUUCUACGCUGCCUUGGAAGCCAACAACGAGAAGCCAGGUCUCAGAAAGAGAAUUAUGGACUGGAUCUUCUAA